AACGAUUCGAAUGUACAGUUCCUGGAUCAGGACGACGAUGACGAUCCGGACACCGAACUCUACCUCACACAGCCUUUUGCCUGUGGCACUGCAUUCGCAAUUUCCGUCCUCGAUUCUCUUAUGAGCACCACGUACUUCAAUGAUUCGGCGCUGACACUGAUAAGAACUCUGGUCACCGGUGGCGCCACUCCUGAACUGGAGCUGAUACUAGCUGAAGGUGCAGGCUUACGGGGUGGAUACAGCACCCCUGAAACACUGAACAACCGAGAUCGAUGUAGGAUAUCACAGUUGGCUCUGCAAGACCAGCCUUUUGAAGGAAUUACGACGGGUAGCUCUUAUGGACAGAUGUUCAGUAUAGCACUGAAACGGCACGGGCAGCUUUGCAUUGGCUUGUACCGGCUACACGAUCAAGCCGCAGUUGACUCGAACAAGCGUUACGUAAUAACGAAUCCACCAGCGGAACUGCGACUACUGUUGAGCGAUUAUGUGUAUGUGCUGGAGCAGUUUGAUCCAGGGCUUGAAUAUGAGCCAAGAAAAAAUUUUUUAUAA